CCAUCUUUCAUGUCUCCUUUUCUCUUUCUUAUUCUUCUCUCCUUUGGAUUCAUCCACCACCAACACCACCCAAAACCAUUCUCCUUUUGAUUCUUCUCUUUUUUCACUCCCCCAAGGGCCAAGGGCCAAGCCCCCUCUUGCUUUCCUUCCCAUUUUUUCCCCUCCUCUCUUUUUUCUUCUACUUGAGGUUUUUUGCUUCCAUCUUUGCCUUUGCAGCAAAGGAAAUUUCAGGAACUAAAGUAUUUUCCCCUGCUUUUCUGACUGGAUUCUUUCAGAAUCUCUCUCUUUUCUCAACUGGGUCUCUUUUCUCUUUGCUCUUGGGGUUCUUCUUGUUUUGGUCUCUUUCACUUCCUUUGUGAACUUGGGGUCACUGGGACUGUAGUACAAAGAAAUCUUCCUUCCUUCCUUCGAAUUUUCAACUUUCUGUGCUUCAAGUUCAGAAAUUUCAUCUGGGUUUUGCUUUUCCUUUCCAUUCUCUGGGUUUUAUUCUUUUUCUUCCUCCUUUUUUUCUUCCACCAAGAUUCUCUCCGAUUCUGAAAAGGUUGGGUCUUUUCUGGAUUCUUCAAGUUUAUGCUAUUGAGAAAAAGGGUAUUCUGAUUCCUUAUAAAUGAUUCUAAACUGAAUGCCUCUUGGACCAGUGUGAAACCUUCUUCACUCUUCACAAACUCUCUUCUCAAUUCAGUAUGCAUUUUUUGCAAGCUGUUACUGCGUACUAAGUUGUGGCUAGUAUGGAAACUCUCUAUCCAGCUUCGCAUAUAUCGACUUCGAAUUGGUGGUUGCAGGACAGCAACAGCACCCAAUGGACUAAAGAAGAGAAUAAGAGGUUUGAGAGAGCUCUUGCUAUUUAUGAUGAGAACUCUCCGGAUCGGUGGUUGAAGGUGGCGGAAAUGAUCCCGGGGAAGACUGUGUGGGAUGUGAUACAGCAGUACAAGAUACUGGAAGAAGAUGUCAACGAUAUAGAAGCAGGGAUGCUUCCAAUUCGUGGCUACCUUGCCCCUUCUUUUACACUGGAGUUGGUUGAGAAUCGUGGCUUGGAUGCGUUAAGAAAGAGGACCGCCACUAUGGUUCGAGCUUCUGAUCAGGAGAGGAAGAAAGGGGUUCCAUGGACAGAAGAUGAGCACAGGCGAUUUCUGAUGGGUCUUAUAAAGCAUGGUAAGGGAGACUGGAGAAACAUAUCCCGGAAUUUUGUAGUAUCUAAGACGCCUACUCAAGUAGCCAGCCAUGCCCAGAAAUACUUCGCUAGGCAGCUUUCAGGAGGGAAAGAUAAGAGGAGGCCGAGCAUCCACGACAUCACAACGGUCAAUCUGACCGACACUACUCCCCCAGAGAACAAUAAAUCUCCUUCAUUGCAUCACUCAACUGCACUUCAGUCGCAGCAGAAGUCCACUGGUGCUCCAAAAGUAAUACUGGACUGGGAUCAUUCCAAUGAUGGAGCCCUCAUGGUAUUCAAUUCGACUCAUGGCAAUUUGUUCAUGCCAUCGCCAUAUGAAGUUGCUUCCUUCGGUGCCCAUCAUGGAGCUCAUAUUGUGCCUCGCAAUCCAGUCUUUCAAAUCCAAUCUGCAAGACAUCAAGUUCGUGGAUGAGCAAAUCGGGUCCAGAAGAGAAGAGCAGGGGAGUUGAUGGACAAGGAAGCAGUCUCUGUAGUUCCUCAGUGGAUUGAGGAGAAUUCUGAUGUUAUGGUGCCCUAGGUAGGCAUGGUUUUUUGUGUGAUUACAUGAAUGAGGAGUUGAGCUACUACUUAAAAGAUUUUCUCGACAUUAUGGAAAGAUGGGAUAGCAUGAUGGUUCAAAAUUCAGAGUGUCUGAGUUAUGAAACUGAAAUGAAAGACUCUUGGGUUUGUCUAUAUUUUUUUCCUCCAUUGUUUAAAAGUCUUUGAAAUGGUUUGUAUCAGACAGAUUUUUACAUACCCAAAGUGAUGAUGUUCUGUUAAGCAUGACAUGAAAGCUUGGCAGCAUUAAGAAGCCGCUUCGAUUA